CUUCCUACAUUGGCGGUCUUCUAUUCUACGCCUUCCACUUCCCCGAAUGCUUGUGGACAGCCCACCACCACGCCGACAGCCACUCUGUGUACGAAAAAGAGUACAAAGCCAAGGCACUACCUGCAAGAUGGACAGAUUGGGUCGGAGGAGGAAGUCACGCCAUUUGGCACACCUUUAUUAUCGCCGCUGUUUUGUUACAUAGAAAUGCGAUUCCUACUCUCGCCAAGGGGCUGGGAGGGGAAUGCUGUGAUGUCUGGGGCCGGUACUGACGAGCUAUGUAUUAUCUUUGAUAUUCUUUUUAGACAAAAACUGGGACUCUGGUUUCCGGAUACCCCGGCUGCCCAGGCCGAUCGAUGGUAG